UUCAUUGUGUCUCCACUCUGAAAUUACUUCUUCCUCUCCCUAAGUAAAGUAGUUAAGAAGUGAAUAUGGAACAACCGUGGCCAGUACGCAUUCCAAAAAUAGUUUUCGGCGACCCAGUCGAAUACGAUCCGAUCCUGCGUUCUGUGGACAAAAGGAUCAUGCUCCAGCCGAAUGCACUCGGUGCAGGAAAGUUCGGCAGGGUGUUACCUGCCAUGAUCCCGAGCUGCAAGUCAGUUGCCGCUAAGAUUUUGUUUUACAAAGACCGCCAGCACUACAACCAGUAUAUUUGCCGCGAGGUUUUGAUAGGCUUGCGGCUUCAUCACCCGAAUAUCGCGGAGUGCUUCGGAGCGGUGCAGACGGACCUGUGGCCGGUGAUCUUUCAUGAGCAAGUGCCCGGUGGCUCGCUGCUGCAGGUCGACGAGGAGCUGGAUGUUGAAAAGUGUCCCAUUGCUGAGGUACAUUUGAGGACCAUCUUCUCUCAAGUCCUGAGCGGACUGCACUACCUGCAGACUGCAAAUGUCGUGCACGGCGAUUUGCACGAUGGAAAUAUAAUGGUUUCCGGGGAGGGAUCCGUAAAGAUAAUUGAUUUCGGCUAUGCGCGCGAUAUUAGCAAUGGCAAGCUGAAGUUGGUCCGAACACACAGGUGUCCCUUUCCGCCUGAGGUGUUGGUCGCGGAUUACGGUGGAAUUGACCACAAACUUGACAUUUUUCUACUCGGUCGGACAAUCUACCACACCGCCGUCCGGAGUACGGGUUUCAAGAACUUCGCGAAUAGGACUCCAGAGGAACAAUGCCAGGUCAUUGCGAAUGGUGUAGAUCAAGCGCCUCGUCGCUACGCUAAGCUUUCGUCCGAGCUGCGUGACUUCAUCAACCUUCUAGUGAGUUAUGCAGCUUCAGACAGGCCUGAUGCAGCAAUGGCCCUACACCACCCGUGGUUCACAAAUGAUCCUGAUUAUCAAUGCCCAGUGCUGCGUGCGUACCAAAAACGUCCUAAUCCUUCAGGCGUUGAGGACCUGAACUCGGCUGUGCUACAGGCGAUGGUUGAGGAGCUUGGUGAUAUCAGCUUUAACGAACUUGCCGACAAAAUCAUUCACAACAAGAACAGCUGGCAAGCUAUCGCCUACCGAGCCAAUCUCUUCCGCCAUGGCAGCCCAACACCAGAAGGCUCUGCAGCAAAGUCAAAAGCUUCCGCGGCCACCCGCUAAGGUUCAAAAGAAGCAUAAGCCGUUUCCCACCAGGCUCACCCCAAUACUGAUGUUGUUGUUGAUGUUGGGGUUGGGUGUGCUUUGAUUCGCUCACUA